GACUGGCAGCUCGUGUGGGCCAGAUAUAUAAAAGUAUGUGGUGGUGUGCAUCUGCCGCUAGAUUUUCUGGCUGUAGUUUAUACAACUACAUGAGUCGUUGUUAAUCUGACCAACGACUUUUCAUAAUUUACUCAACUGCACAUCAUAGCUGCUCAGAGGAUCAACUAACACGGAUAUCGUGGUUAUAACAACAUGAUAAUAUACAACCAUGUCUUGUUCGGUUCAUAAAGGUAAGGACGCCUUUUAAUUUUCGGGGACGAUGAUGCGGCGGAAAUGUACGCUUGUAGCUUUAUUUUGAUGUUAGUGUUAAUUCACUGCAAUGGCGGAGGAAGGCGCAGAUGCAGUUGGAGCUGGCCCUGGCCUCGGCCCCGACGUAAACACAGCUGGAAACCAGACAGAAAUCGCCAUGGCGUAUUUACAGGACGAGAGGACCGAUGUAGACAUUGCUAACCUCAACCUGGGAGAACUGGACCUCACCACUGAUGAGUUUAUCUUGGAUGAAGUGGACAUUCACAUCCAGGCUAAUCUGGAAGACGACCUGGUGAAGGAGGCACUCAAAACGGGUGUUGACCUCCGUCAGUACUCCAAACAGGUGGAGGCAGAGCUGCAGAGGAUCGAACAGGCCUCCAUUAAAGACUACAUCAAGGAGAGUCAGAACAUCGCUCUUCUGCACAAUCAGAUCACCGCCUGCGACUCCAUACUGGAGCGUAUGGAAGGAAUGCUGAGCGGCUUCCAGAGCGACCUGUCCUCCAUCAGCAGUGAGAUCCAGACUCUGCAGCAGCAGUCGGUCAGCAUGAAUGUUCGGUUGAAGAACAGGCAGGCUGUACGCAGCCACCUCAGCCAGCUGGUGGAUGAGUUGAUUGUGCCUGGAGCCAUGAUCUCCACCAUCCUGGACAGUCCUGUGACGGAGCAGGAGUUUCUGGAGCAGCUGCAUGAGCUCAACAGCAAGAUCAACUUCGCCAAGGAGCUGAGCUUUAGAGAGACGCUGGCCUGCUCAGACAUCCAGGACAUUGUUGACCGCCUGAAACUCAAGGCUGUGUCAAAGAUUAGAGAGUUCAUUCUGCAGAAGAUCUACUCGUUCAGGAAGCCCAUGACCAACUACCAGAUACCACAGAACACGCUGCUGAAGUACAGAUUUUUUUAUCAGUUCCUUUUGGCCAAUGAGAGGACGGUUGCUAAGGAGAUCAGAGACGAGUAUGUGGACACAAUGAGCAAGAUUUACUACAGUUACUUCAAGUCGUACAGUGGCAGGCUGCUCAAAGUGCAGUACGAGGAGGUGGCAGACAAAGAUGACCUGAUGGGAGUGGAAGACACGGCAAAGAAAGGUUUCUUCUCUAAACCGUCUCUGAAGAGCAGGAACACCAUCUUCACUGUGGGCCAGAGGGGGGCCGUACUGAGUCCCGCUGAGCUGGAGGGGCCCAUCCUGGUCCCACACACAGCUCAGAGGGGAGACAGCAGGUAUCCCUACGAGACGCUGUUUCGCAGCCAGCACUAUGCUCUGCUGGACAACGGCUGCAGAGAAUACCUUUUCCUCUCAGACUUCUUCAUGGUCACAGGAAACUCCGCCCUUGACCUCUUCAACAGCAUCAUGGGAAAAACUCUCAGCAUGUUCUUGAAGAGCAUGUCCACCUACGUGUCUGACUGCUAUGACAGCAUCGCUGUCUUCCUGUGUAUCCACAUCAUCCUCAGGUUCCGAGCCAUCACCGCCAAGAGGAACAUCCCCGCUCUCGACAAGUACUGGGAGGCGGUGUUGGAGCUGCUGUGGCCGAGGUUUGAGCUCAUCCUGGAGAUGAACAUCCACAGCAUCAGACACACAGACCCUCAGAAACUGGGGGUACUGGACACCAGGCCACAUUAUAUCACUCGGCGUUACGCAGAGUUCUCAUCAGCCAUUGUCAGCAUCAACCAGACCUUUCCCAACGAGAGGACCAACGCUCUGCUGGGACAGCUACAGGUUGAGGUGGAAAACUUUGUUCUAAAGAUGGCAGCAGAGUUUCCCUCCAGGAGAGACCAGCUCAUCUUCCUCAUCAACAACUACGACAUGAUGCUCGGCGUCCUCAUGGAGAGGGCAGCAGACGACAGUAAGGAGGUGGAGGGUUUCCAGCAGCUGCUCCUGGCCAGGACACAGGAGUUCAUCGAGGAGAUUCUGUCUCCCCCCUUUGGAGGGAUGAUCACCUUCGUGAAGGAGGCUGAGGCGCUGAUGGAGAAAGGGCAGCUGGACCGAUUGAAGAAUGAGGAAGCUCGUAUCACUCAGCUGGUCCGGGGCUUUUCCAGUACAUGGAAACAGUCUGUGGAGUCGAUGAGUCAGGACGUCAUGAGGUCCUUCACUAACUUUAAGAAUGGGACCAGCAUCAUACAGGGCGCUCUGACCCAACUGAUCCAGUACUACCACGGCUUCCACAAGAUCCUGAAUCAGCCGACGUUUCGCAGCCUGGCCGUGCGCUCCGAGCUCAUCAACCUGCACCACCUCAUGGUCGAGGUCAAGAAGCACAAACCCAACUUCUAGUAGGCCCGAACAGCUCCUUCCUUAUGUUCAGCACCAGUGCUGAACUCCCAGAGUCUAGGAGCAAAACCAAGAGGCUGCACUUCAGCAACAAACCCAAGUUUCCUUCUGUAGGUUUGUGAAAGCAUUAAGACAUUUUUCUUACCAGCUGAAGAACAAGUGGAGUCAGAGAUGAGUGAGGGCAGACGAGCUGACAUCCUCGCCGGAUCAGAGUGGAAAUGGAAAGUGUUUACUUUACAUUUGUCAUUCCCGAGGUGAGGAAAACUGUGAAACCUUAUUCCGUCCUUAGACCUUCACAAGAGGAACUUAUGCAAGAACUUGAACUAAAGUGACUGUGUUUAAAAAAACAUCCUAAGACCUGAUGAUUUAACCACUUCUUCUCUGUGACAUAAAUAAUCAGAAACAUAAAUAAGAAGCAAGAAACAGGAGUCAAGAAAAUCUAAGCAGCAUGUUUAAAGUAUUUAUAUGUAAACUACUGAUUAAAAGUUCACCAAAUCAACAAGACCCUCCUUCAUAGACCAAGUGUUUAGGGGGCAAAUCUGGACUUGUUUUUUUUUUUUUUUUCAGAAUUAAAGCAGAACUGUGUAACUGUGGUUGAGCAGUGGCCAUGUCUAAGGCAGAUGAACUGAGCAAAGGUUCAUGUUAUCACUGAUGAAUUCAACCUUUUAUUUGUACAUGUUAUUUACAAGGUGCAUAGUGUUUCUAUAGAUACUGCUGUAGUGAGAGAAGUACUUGUGAAUAUACUGCUUGAAAAACUCAGAAGAGGAGACGUACACAGCAAAUACCAUAAAAAAUCCAAACCAGCACAGUGUUGGUUCGUCUCCCAGUACUUUGGCUUCUCUACAGUCUGUGGCUCUUGGCUUCAUGUCCAUUGGUUCUUACUGAAGACAUCUUUACAAAUACCUUACAAACAUAGUGUUUCAUUUUUUACACAAGGAUCAGUGAUUUUCACAAAACGCUGCUUGCUGGAUUUUUAUCAAACAAAAUUGAGGAAAGGGUGCAUAGGUUGGGACUAUUUUCAGCAGCGGAUGAAUGCACAUUUGGUCUAUAGUGAGUGUCUGUGGCAGCAGGACAGUGUGUGUGUGUGUGUGUGAGGGGCUGACGGCUGAGUCAGCGUAAACUCCAGUGUGUGUUCAUGGUGAUGAAGGAACACGUCAUCCAGUGAAGUAGUGUGGUCAAUGGUGGGUUUAACGGUGAUGCACAGGACGCGUUAGCAGGAGACAGUCACUGCUGGUUUGGGUCUGCACAUCGGAUUUGUUGGCAAGAAAAUUGUAGAAUAUCACCAGACUGAACAUCUGAAAGAUGCUCUCCCCCAGUUUGUUAUAGACACUGAACAAAACCUGCUGCUGAGGUUGUCGUGUGCCUUUGCUUAGUUCUCUAGCUGCUUUUAGUGGUGUCCGUCUGUACAUAUUGUCAGUCCAGUGUGGACCUGUGGAGUCUAUCAAUGAAGCAUGGAAAUGCAACACAACGGUGUCUGUUGGUUUACUAUAAUUCUCUUUUAGAUUUAUGAAACAAUAAAUAUCAUGCCACAUGCUAAUCAUAUAUCAGAGUGAGCACACUCCACACAUUCACCUCAGACAAAUCACAGCAAAGGGCAAAUUAACUGUUGUUGAUAGUAAGUGUAAUGAAGUCUGUUUCUCCAUGAACCAUUAAUAUGACCAUUCUUUUUUCAAUUUAUUUGUUAUUUGGUCAUUUAGUCGUUUCUUAUACUGCCUUAUAUCAAACCCACUAUGGUUCAGGGGAAAAUAUUGCACUUUUUCUCUACCACUAACAAGCUAAGACAAUCAUUCACACUUGUAUAUUUAUUAAUUUCAAGGUUUUGUAAAAGUAAAGACAAGACAAAGUCUUUCUGUACACUGUGACCUCAUCCACUGAUUCACAUGUACUGAGUAAAUAUGUGAAAAAACACAAAAUUAGCCUGACGGCAGCUGUCUUUACCCACACAUGGUCGAAUUCCCCCAGUUUUGUCGAUCUGUGAAGCUUUGGCUUCUCUAAACUAAGAAAUUGAUGACUGGGUUUCCCUGAUUAGUCUUAAAUUAACAUUUGAAUAUCUUAGACAUAUAUAACGUAAUUAUUUUGUAUUAGGGUGCUGCUUUCUGCUCAGGCACCAUUAAUAAAGUUUUAACUGAUAUAUUGAUGUUUAACACCUCAUUUACUGAUGUUUUGUAAGAUAGUUACUAGGCAUCAAUAAGAGAGUUUGAGAUGGUGUAUUUCUGAACUGCAGACUGAGCCAGUUUCCCUCUGUUUCCAGUCUUUAUGCUAAGCUAACCAUGUAACAACUCCAGUUCCAUAAUUAUUGGACAGAAAUGAGAGAGUGGCAUUUAAAGCUUAGACCCAGGGUUGUUUUAGACAAACAGAAAACCUUUUCUUUACUCAGACCACAUCUCUCCCUCUCACACCUA